CCCUGGAUGGCUUUUGUUUUGCCUGCUCCCCAUUUGGGCCAAAUAUGCAGGACAGGAACUGUUGACAAAUAAGUGAUGAAACUCUCCAAAAAAAUGGAGGCAAAGAAAGACUCUGGAAGAAGAUUGCGCUGCAUCGGCCGAAGGAGGUACGAUGAGAACGAGGACCUCUCGGACGUGGAGGAAAUCGUCAGCAUCAGGAGUUUCAAUUUGGAAGAGAAAUUAAAGAGUAAAAUGUACCACGGGGAUUUCGUGCAUGCCAUGGACGGCAAAGAUUUUACUUUUGAGUAUGUGCAAAGAGAAGCUCUCAGAGUUCCCCUCAUCUUCAGAAAUAAGGAUGGACUGGGAAUUAAAAUGCCUGACCCGGAUUUCACCGUUAGAGAUGUGAAGCUAUUAGUGGGAAGCCGCCGGAUCGUGGAUGUGAUGGAUGUGAACACACAGAGAGGAGUGGAGAUGAGCAUGUCUCAGUUUGUGAGAUACUAUGAAACCCCAGAGGCCCAGCGGGAGAAGCUCUACAACGUCAUCAGCCUGGAGUUCAGUCACACCAAGCUGGAGAACAUUGUCAAGCGCCCCAACGUGGUGGACUUAGUCGACUGGGUGGAUAAUAUGUGGCCACAGCACUUGAAGGAGAGACAGACAGAUGCUACCAAUGCUAUUUCAGAGAUGAAAUACCCCAAAGUAAAAAAGUACUGUUUGAUGAGUGUGAAAGGAUGCUUCACUGAUUUUCAUAUUGAUUUUGGUGGCACUUCAGUGUGGUAUCACGUUUUCCGUGGGGGGAAGAUCUUCUGGCUGAUUCCACCUACUCUGCAGAAUCUAGAACUUUAUGAAGAAUGGGUUCUCUCAGGAAAGCAGAGUGAUAUCUUUCUGGGAGACAGGGUGGAACGGUGCCAAAGAAUUGAGCUGAAACAAGGCUACACGUUCUUCAUUCCUUCAGGGUGGAUACACGCGGUUUAUACUCCAGUAGAUUCUCUGGUGUUUGGUGGAAAUAUCCUGCAUAGCUUUAAUGUUCCCAUGCAGCUUCGCAUCUAUGAAAUUGAGGACAGAACAAGGGUGCACGCCAAAUUCCGGUAUCCUUUCUACUAUGAAAUGUGCUGGUAUGUUCUGGAGAGAUACGUGUCCUGUGUGACCCAGCGCUGCCACCUCAGCAAAGAGUACCAGAAAGAAUCAAUGUUAAUUGAUGCAAAAAGAAAACGCAGCACAGACAGCUACUCAUCAGAUUCGUGGUUAGACAUGGAUGAAGAAUCUUGUGAUGCCCAUCUCCAGGAGGAGAAGGAUGACAGCUUGGAUAAGAACUCCAAAUCCUUGGUGGAUGGCUCCUCCUCACCCAACAGCACACACUCAGAAGGGAAGGAGGCUGCAGGGAGGAAACAAAAAGCCACAGUAAUGAGGUACCUAAAAAGAACUUUGUCUAAUGAGUCAGAUGACAGUGUAAAAUCAACGACCCCUACGGACUAUCCCAAAACACCCACGGGGUCUCCAGCUACAGAAGUUUCAACCAAAUGGACUCACCUCACAGAAUUUGAACUGAAGGGUUUAAAAGCCCUGGUGGAAAAGCUUGAAUCUCUCCCAGAGAACAAGAAGUGUGUUCCAGAAGGCAUUGAAGACCCGCAGGCUCUCCUGGAGGACAUGAAGAACAUACUGAAGGAACAUGCUGAUGAUGACCAAAAUCUUGCCAUUUCGGGUGUCCCUGUGGUCAGCUGGCCCAAGAAGACCACAAAGAACAGGGCAGUCGGGCGGCCCAAGGGGAAGCUGGGCGCUGCCUCUGCGGUGAAGCUCGCGGCCAACCGGAGCACGGCGGGCGCGCGGCGGCGGAGGACGCGAUGCCGCAAGUGCGAGGCGUGUCUGCGGACAGAGUGCGGAGAGUGCCACUUCUGCAAGGACAUGAAGAAGUUCGGGGGGCCCGGCAGGAUGAAGCAGUCCUGCAUCAUGAGGCAGUGCAUAGCUCCGGUGCUGCCUCAUACUGCUGUGUGUCUGGUGUGUGGAGAAGCUGGGAAAGAGGACACUGUGGAAGAGGAGGAGAGCAAGUUUAAUCUCAUGCUAAUGGAAUGCUCCAUUUGUAAUGAAAUCAUACACCCAGGAUGCCUUAAGGUGAAGGAAUCGGAUGGUGUGGUUAACGAUGAGCUGCCGAACUGCUGGGAGUGUCCAAAGUGCAACCACGCAGGGAAAACUGGAAAAGCGUACAAGCAAAAGCGCGGACCAGGAUUUAAAUACGCAUCAAAUCUCCCGGGCUCGUUGCUGAAGGAGCAGAAAAUUAACAGAGACAACAAGGAAGUGCCAGAUGCUGCCAAAAGGAAAGGGGACUGCGAGGAGACUCCCAGGCGGAAAUCGGAAGAACAUUCCAAAAAGGCUCCAGUUGACUCAAUCCUGAGGAGAAAAUCUGACGAGGUGCAUCUGUGGAGAAAACGGAAAUUCGAGAAAUCCCAGGAACCCACGAUGAGAAAGCGGCGGCGAUCGUGGAAGGCCCCGGAUGACCGAACUGCCAUGAUCAAACCCCUGCGGCGCCUCAAGCAGGAGCCCGAGGAUGAGCUGCCAGAAGCACCCCCCAGGUCCAAGGAUAGCGACCAGUCUCGCUCCAGCUCGCCCACAGCCGGGCCCAGCACGGAGGGUGCCGAGCCCAGGGACAAGAAGAAGUUCAAGAUGAGGAGGAAAAGGCGGCUUCCCAAUAAGGAACUGAGCAAGGAGCUCAGCAAAGAGCUUAACCAGGAGAUCCAAAAAACCGAGAACAGCCUUGCCAAUGAGAACCACCAACCCAUCAAAUCUGAACCGGAGAGCGAGAACGAGGAACCCAAGCGUGCGUUGAACAACAGCGAGAGACUCCAUAGGUUCAGCAAAGGGUUGAACGGGACUCCCCGGGAGCUGAGGCACCACCAGCUCAUGCCCAGCCUGCGCAGCACCCCCCGGGGAAUAGCCCGGCCCCCGCCCUCGCUGUCGCCCCCCAAGUGCAUCCAGAUGGAGCGGCACGUUAUCCGGCCACCUCCCAUCAGCCCCCCUCCGGACUCGCUCCCCCUGGAUGACGGGGCAGCCCACGUGAUGCAGAGGGAAGUCUGGAUGGCUGUCUUUAGCUACCUCAGUCAUAGAGACUUGUGCAUCUGUAUGAGAGUUUGCAAGACCUGGAACAGAUGGUGCUGUGACAAAAGAUUAUGGACCAAAAUAGAUUUAAACCAUUGUAAAUCCAUCACUCCACUUAUGCUUAGUGGCAUUAUUAGGAGACAGCCUGUAACCCUUGAUCUUAGCUGGACAAAUAUAUCUAAAAAGCAGCUGAGUUGGCUUAUCAACAGACUGCCAGGUCUGCGGGACCUGCUGUUAUCAGGGUGCUCAUGGAUAGCAGUGUCGGCACUUUGUAGCUCCAGUUGUCCCUUGCUGCGAACUCUGGACGUGCAGUGGGCAGAAGGACUGAAAGACGCACAAAUGAGAGACCUCCUGUCCCCGCCCACGGACAACCGGCCAGGCCAGAUCGACAACCGGAGCAAGCUACGGAACAUCGUGGAGCUGCGCCUGGCCGGGCUGGAUAUCACGGAUGCUUCGCUGCGGCUGAUCAUCAGGCACAUGCCCCUGCUCUCCAAACUCAAUCUCAGUUACUGUAACCACGUGACAGAUCAGUCUAUUAACCUGCUGACCGCCGUCGGAACCACCACGCGGGAUUCGUUAACAGAAAUUAAUUUAUCAGACUGCAAUAAGGUCACUGACCAGUGCCUGUCCUACUUCAAACGUUGUGGGAACAUCUGCCAGAUCGACCUGAGGUACUGCAAGCAGGUGACGAAGGAGGGCUGUGAGCAGUUCAUAGCGGAGAUGUCCGUAAGUGUCCAGUUUGGGCAGGUGGAAGAAAAACUUCUGCAAAAACUGAGUUAGUUAAAGGACUCGUGUAAAUACUGGGGCGAGGGGGGGAAGGGACUAAGAACACGUAGGGAUUUUAUUUUCAAUUGGGAACUUGGAAUAUCAGAAAAUGCCGUGAUUGGAUUUUACAACUCUUGUUGAGGAGAGAACAACGUGAAACUACCCAUGUUAAGAAUUUCAACUUGUGCCACUAAUUCAGUCCACCUGGGAUGUCCUGCACUGGCUCUUAUGCAAAUUCAUAAGGCGACUGUUACCGAUGAUAAUUGUUCACACCCUGGAAGAGGACUGAGCUCCAAGAAAUACUGUUAUUUAAAGUACCACAGCAUGUGCUUGGUAGUGUAAAUUUGAUUUCUGCUUUUCAUUUCUUAAAACAAGAAAAAAAAAAAAGUUGGUGUCAUUUAAGUGGACCACGCACUGCAUUUCUGCCUUCUUAACACGUUUUGUUUUGUUACAUCUUACAUUAUGCAGAACUAUUUUUGUACAAAAAUUGUUUAAAAAUUAUUUAUGCAAUGUUUGAAUGCAUUACCAGUGUUUUGGUUUUGAUUGCCAAUUUUUAUCUUUACUUAUGGUAGGCGAGAACUUAACCUAUACUUCGUAGGCAGUAUCUAUCUACAAACGUGCCCAGGUCAGGAAAAGUAGGUUCAUACUUUCAACUUAAAGCAUGUUUUAAUGGAAGUUUAUAUCCUGCUUUGUAUACUUCAGAAGUGACAUAAGCAUGUUGUGGAAAUAAGGUGUAAAUUAUAGUUGAAGUAAAACACUUUUAUCUGUAUAGAAAUCACCUUUUUCUCAAAAUUUUAAAAAAAUUCCAAUUUCAGCUUUUGCACAUAGGAGGGUUUCACUCUGUAGCAUGAGCUCUUGUACUCAAUAUAAAAUUAAUUUAUACAGUGAGUCCAGCAGUAGAAUAAAUGGUCAAACGUAGUCUCUCUUUCUUUGAAGUGUGAGUUGAGUUCUCAUUUAAGGUUUAUAACAUGGUUAUUUCCUGAUUGUAAAAUUCUGCAUUCAUAAGUGCCAUUGUUGUACGGUGUUGUUUUCGUAGACCUUCCUGAUGCAGUUUUACCUUUGUUGAAUUUGUAUAAACAAUUGUACAAAAACA